AGCCCCGCCACCCCCGCAGCGCACAAGGCCCGGCCGGGCGCGGGCUCCGCGCUCCCGUCACCGCCGCCCCGCGCCCCCCGCCCGCAGCCCGGCCCCCGCCCGGGCAUGGCCCCCGGCAGCGCCGCGGAGCCGGAGCGAGGGUGACCGCCCGCGGGGGACACCGCGCCGCGCCGCUGGCCUCGGAGGACUUUUACUAUAAUUGCCAUCAUUGUUGUUAUUAUUAUUAUUAUUAUUAUUGGGGUUUUAAUUUUUUAAUUCUUUCGCGGGGCAGCGGUUUUUUUUCCUCCUCCUUCGGCGCGGUGGAAAACACACGUUUUAGACCAAAAUCCCAAACCAGCCCAUCCAUCCUCUUUGCUUUGCGCUUCGCAGCAACUUGGAGCCCGUUAAUUGCACUUGGCGAUGGAUGAGUUCCACCCCUUCAUCGAGGCGCUGCUCCCCCACGUCAGGGCCUUUGCCUACACCUGGUUCAACCUGCAGGCCCGCAAGCGCAAGUACUUCAAGAAGCACGAGAAGAGGAUGACGAAGGAUGAGGAGAGGGCGGUGAAGGACGAGCUGCUGAGCGAGAAGCCGGAGGUGAAGCAGAAAUGGGCCUCGCGCCUCCUGGCCAAGCUGCGCAAGGACAUCCGGCCCGAGUGCCGCGAGGACUUCGUGCUCUCCAUCACGGGCAAGAAGCCCUCGUGCUGCGUCCUCUCCAACCCCGACCAGAAGGGCAAGAUGCGCCGCAUCGACUGCCUGCGGCAGGCGGACAAGGUGUGGCGGCUGGACCUGGUCAUGGUCAUCCUCUUCAAAGGGAUCCCGCUGGAGAGCACCGACGGCGAGCGCCUGGUCAAGUCGGGCCAGUGCACCAACCCCAUCCUCUGCGUCCAGCCCCACCACAUCAGCGUCUCCGUCAAGGAGCUCGACCUCUACCUGGCCUACUUCGUCCGUGAGAGAGAUGCAGAGCAGAGCAGCAGCCCCCGGACAGGCAUUGGCUCGGACCAGGAGGACAGCAAACCCAUCACGCUGGAUUCGACAGACUUCCAGGAAAGCUUCGUCACCUCGGGGGUGUUCAGUGUCACCGAGCUCAUCCAGGUGUCCCGAACGCCGGUGGUGACGGGCACAGGGCCAAACUUCUCCCUGGGGGAGCUGCAGGGCCACCUGGCCUAUGACCUGAACCCCUCCAGCACCGGCAUGAGGAGGACUCUGCCCAGCACCUCCUCCAGCGGGAGCAAACGGCACAAGUCGGGGUCCAUGGAGGAUGACAUUGACACCAGCCCUGGGGGCGAGUACUACACCUCCUCCAACUCCCCCACCAGCAGCAGCCGCAACUGGACAGAAGACAUGGAAGGGGGCAUCUCCCCCACUGUGAAGAAGACAGAGAUGGACAAGUCCCCCUUCAACAGCCCAUCACCCCAGGACUCCUCGCCCCGGCUGAGCAGCUUCACGCAGCACCACCGUCCCGUCAUCGCUGUGCACAGUGGUAUCGCCCGAAGCCCGCACCCAUCGUCUGCGCUGCAUUUCCCCACCACCUCCAUCCUUCCCCAGACGGCCUCCACCUACUUCCCGCACACGGCCAUCCGGUACCCGCCUCAUCUCAACCCGCAGGACCCGCUCAAAGAUCUCGUCUCGCUGGCCUGCGACCCGUCCAACCAGCAGCCCGGACCGUUAAAUGGAAGUGGUCAAGUGAAAGUGCCCAGCCACUACCUGCCCACGCAGAUGCUGGCGCCGCCACCUCCCCCCGGCAUGCCCCGCUUGGCCGUCUCUCCUGACACCAAAUCCACCACGACAACUUCCGAGGGAGGGACGACCUCGCCGACAUCACCCACCUACUCUGCACCAGGCACGCCCCCUGCGAACCGUUCCUUCGUGGGAUUAGGACCAAGGGAUCCUGGGAGUAUCUAUCAGGCACAGUCCUGGUACCUGGGAUAAUCGCCGCCGUGCCGCCCCUUCGCCUCCCUUCUCUGCUUUAGGCACCCCCAGAGGAACAUCCCCGUCCCCGAGCACCAGGCCCAGCCUUGCGGUGACGACGGAGAGCGCGGCCUCACGACGACGACAACGACGACGACGACGACAAGCAAAACCCACACCCGAAGGAAAGAGCAAGGGAAAGGAAGAAGGAAAAGGGUCAAACUGUUUUAAAAUGGAAAAAAAAAAAAAACAAAACCCCACAAACAAAAAAACAAACAAACCAACAACCCAUCCCAGGAGGACCUUUCCCCCCACCCCGGCGAUGCGCCAGAAAACAAAGAAACAGGAAAAAAAGAAAAAAAAUGAAAGAAAAAACACUAUUAUUUACCCCGUGGGCCGGCGCCGCGCUGAGACCUGACCCGAGCGGUGCCAGCGCUGCCUCCCGGCCCCGCCGGCCGCUCGCCGAAUAUGCAAACGGCUUUGACUCUCUCGUUCUUGCCUCUAUGUGAGUAAAAAAGAUCAAAACCUC